AUGCCGGGGCUACAAGUCCUGAUUGUAGGCGGAAGCAUUGGUGGUUUGGCCACUGCCCUUGCAUUACGUUCACAAGGCCAUCACAUCAAGAUCUACGAGCAAGCAGCCAUUCCUGAUAACACGGGAGCGGGAGUCACGAUAUAUCCUAAUGCCUUAUCCGCGCUCGAGGCUUUGGGCGCUGACCUGGCAAAAGUCCGCGCGACCAGAGUUCAACAGUUGACUCGAGUUCUCCUCAACGUAGACAGCGACACACCAGACGGGACAAUUGACAUGGACGCUAAAAACUGGCCCUGGCACAAUGCGACGUAUCGGGACAUAAUUGCAAGUCUCUGGGAAGCUCUUCAUGAUAGCCGAUGUCCUGGACCCGAAGUUGAAUUCCACUCGUCGAAAUCAGUGUAUCGGAUUGAUCCGGCAAAGGGUAUUGUAUACUUUUUCGAUGGAUCCGAAGCAUACGGAGACGUGAUCAUAGGUGCGGACGGGGUGCACUCGAUUUGCAGGUCGUAUGUCUUCAGCGGCAGGACCGAGAGAUUCCGGCUCAAACGACACGUUUUCCGGGCCAUCAUUCCCCGGGAGAGCAUCAUGAAGGAUCCAAGAACCGUCAAAUUUGCCAACGACACUGGUCAUGUCCACUCAUACCACCAACCAGACAGGAGCCUCUUGAUUUCCCCGGCCUCGGACGGGCAGGCAGUCUGCAUCAAACUUCUGUACGACGAUUCGAUGACGAUCAAGAACCUCAGCAAAGACUGGCGAGACCCGUCCAGCAAGAGAAAGUUAAUGCGUCUGGCGACGGGCUUCCCGGAAGAAUGCAUUGCCGUGUUGGAGCAGUGCCGCGAUCGGGAUUUGGUGGAUCAACCCAUUUGGGACAUGGACCCUCUCGCUACCUUUCAGAGUCAUCGGCUUGCGCUGGUUGGAGACGCUGCACAUCCAAUGCCUCCGUAUUGUGGCCAACGGAUCGCCAUGGCACUGGAGGAUGCACUCGCCUUGGGCGUCGUCCUCGAGCUUGGGAUCCCUGCAAGUGAGGUUGAAGAUCGGCUAAAGCUGUAUUCACGUACGAGAAAGGUCAGAGCUGGAGCCGUGCAGCAGACCAUGAGGGUGUUGGAAGAAAUCAGCAUCUGUGAUGUCUUGAACGAUCUCGACAGUAAGUGCGGAAGCGUUACCUUCGCCAUGGGUGAAUAUCAUAACUGA